AUGUACUCUCUUGACAGUGACUUUGAAACUGCCCGCUCAGGUUUUAUCAACUACGGACAGGUCGUUCAGCUCGUCAGCGAGAGCUCAGGACUCAGCUUGCCACCAACGAUCAUCCACAAAUGCGAACUGACCUCGGCGAAAAUUGAUUGCCAAGAACCUGUAAGCCAACUUCACCGCGUGGCUCUAGAAUUUAUUCGCCCAUCAAUCAGCAUCGGUGCAUCAAGUCGAUAUUUUCUCGAAAACGAUCAUGGCAAAGUCGCGAUUUACGAGGCCAAAGUUGGGGAAAAUGAAACCGUCUCUCUGCCCGACGGCUGUCACUGGACAAUUUUAAGAAAUCGGUUUCAGAAAUAA